AAUUCAAAAUUGUCACAUCAACAGCAUAUUCACUGAAAGUAAAUUCCUUCAGGCUGAAUCCCUAUUGCAGCUGGUAAGAUCACUCAUCAUCGCUGGUGCUCAAUCUCAGUGGGGAACUUAUCUCAGGGUGUACCAUGAAAAUGCAACUACACCAAACACUUGAGAAAUCUUUUCUUUUUUCUUUGUAUUUCUCAAACCCUUUUCUCUCUACUAUCUUCAACUAACCAUAAUCCCCAAAACCCCUAAAUUCAAUUUCGAACAAUCCUAAAUUCAUCUCUCUCGUAUCACUUUGCGAUUUGCAGUAGCAAGGAAAGGAAUUAUUAUAGCAUGUUAUAGAUGAGUUUGGUGGAUACAGAAUGCUCAGAGGAAGGUUCAUGUCUUCUUGAGCCUUCUGAUCCUGAUAUUAUUAAAACUGAUCCUACUUCUCAUUACCAUAGGUAUAAGGAAGUAAUCAGCAAAAGAGCUUUCAAGACCGUUUUUAAGGCAUUUGAUGAAGUCAAUGGACUCGAAGUUGUGUGGAUCCAAGUUCGGAUUGAUGAGGUAUUACAAUCACCGGGUAAACUAGUGAGGUUGUAUUCAAAAGUGCAUCUAUUGAGGUCGUUGAAGCACAAUAAAAUCGUAAGGUUCUACAAUUCCCGGAUUGAUGACAAACACAAGAAUGUUAACAAGAUAGUUGUUCACCUCAGGGAGCCUCAAAUAGUGUGUUCACUAUCCUUUGUAUAUGUGUUUAAUUUGAUUUUCUGUUUUAUUGUGAUAUUAGUCCUUUGUUAGUUGGUUUGAUGCAUGAUUUAGGUACUGUAAGAAACACAAGAAGGUCGACAUGAGAGCUGUUAAAGGAUGAGCAAGACAUAUUUUAAUAGAUUUAAUUUAAUCUAUCUUCACAA